UGGCCUCUGUGGCCUGUUAUCUCUGCUUUCUGACACAGAAACACUAAAACACACACAUGCAGUGAGAGGCAUCCAUUGUUUAAGAGAAGACAAAGGGGAAAUAUGUUAUGUUACAGAAUAUUUGUUUCUUAAAUGCUUUGCCUUAGUUUCCCCAACCAUGAGAAAUGGUCACAAAUUCAUAGAUUGUUUCAAGAAUACCAUCCAUAAAGCACUUAGAAUGUUUCCCUUCCUUCCCUACACUCAUAAAACCUGUCUCCUUCUCACUCACUUUUUUUCCCUCCUCUAACGGUAAGAGAACGAGGGAAAAGGGAGAAAGAGGGCGGAGAGGAGUGUGUGUUUUUGUUCAGGAAAAGAAAGGGGUUCUCCUGCGGUUCUCAGGAUGUUGCCCUUUAAGCCUGGAAAAGUGGGCUUCCUGUCCAGGGUAACAAUCAGAGAAUAGACAAGGCCCUGAGGAUUAUGACGCUGUGUUCCUUCAGCAGCAGACAGUCACUUUGUGUUGUACACUAAGCAGCUGGAGGGAGGAAGAGGUUUGUGGAACGAUUUCUACUGCAUGGAUUUGUAGAGCUGUAUGGGUGAGGUGAAUGAAAAGAUUCUCAAAAUAAGUUGUUUUCUUGGCCAUUUUUUUUUCUUCUCUUUUUUUAUGCUUAAAUUGUAUGGGUUUCACUUUUAAUCUCAUGCUCCAAUGCAACUGUUGUACAUAGUACAAUACUGUACAUGCUUGUGUAAUGUUCUGAUUUAAUGUUGUAGAAAUGCUGUACUAAUCUUGUCAUGAUCCUCCUAUCAUCUUCAUCCUUCUCCUCCUCAGGUUUUCCACCAGGAUUUGAGAUCACUGGAUCCUAAGCAGAAUGAAAUUUGCGUGAUGGAUACCUGGACUCUAGGAGCCAAUAGAAACAAUAUGGAUAUAUCACAUGCAUAUGAAUUUAUAGAUUUUAUGAAUGAUUUGGAUUAGAAAACUUCCUCUGUCGAGUGCAUCUAUUUCCACGUUUUCUAUCAGAAGUAUUGCAUUUAUGAAUGACUGUCACACCACUGUCUCUCUCUGGGAAUAUAGAUUUGCACCAGAGGGUGAAAUAAGCACCUGUGUACUGUAGUACCUGGUUUCUUGUCAAGGGACUUUGAGGGUAUCCCCCCUCACCCAGAGACUGUCAGAGACCAUGUCCAACAGCAAUGACAGCUGCAACCUCCCCCUGAACACCGACACACUUGGUCUCACCUACAUCUACAGCCUGGCCUUCUCACUCGGUCUCCCUUGCAACCUGCUGUCCCUCUGGGGACUGUACCAACUGGGCCGGUCCGGCGGGGUUGGCUGUCAGCUGGUCUACAUCCUCAACCUGCUGCUCUCUGACCUCCUCCAGCUCCUCACCCUCCCUCUCUGGAUCCUCUAUCUCCAGGGGGCGCACCGCUGGCCCUACGGCCGCCCCGCCUGCGAGUUCGUGGGCUAUGUCUUCUACGUCAACGUCUACGCUAGCGUGGUGUUCCUCUGUAUCAUCGCACUGGACCGUUGCCUGGCGAUAGUACACCCGUUGAGUAGUCGUGGCGUUCGGACCGUGCGGGUGGCAGCGGUAUUGGGGGUGGCGGUCUGGACACUGACCUUUCUGUUCUGUUUGGGCGGGCUUCUUCCGUCAGUGUUUGAUGAGGAGAGGCUGUUAUGUCUGGAGCAGUACCCUGUCAGCCUCAGAUAUGCUCACUUUAAGAUUGCUACGGUUGUCAUGGGGUUCCUGCUGCCCUGUGGUAUACUAGGCUACACUUCCGCCCGCAUAGGCGUGACUCUCCAUCACUCGCCAUCCGUCUCCGACCAGGGCCGUCACAAAAUCACAGGCAUCCUCAUCGUCAUCACCGUCAUCUUCAUCGUCGUCUUCGGACCCUACCACCUCGUCGGGGGGUACCGUUUCGUCUCCUUGCUCCUCACAGAUGACCCCUGUGAGUUGGAGCGGUCCAUUUUCCUGUGUUACCGGCUGUGCUAUGGCCUGACGAGCCUCAACACCCUGCUGGACCCUCUGUUCUACAUCUUCCUGUGUCAUGACGCCCGUCUGGAGCUCCGCAGGUCACUGACGCCCUGUCUGGGACAGGGGCACACAGCACCCAAACAGGUCAGACUCAGUCUCAGAGGGAAUCCUGAUCAGAGUGACAGUGUGUAGAGAGACUGGAUUGGACACGUUUUUGAGUUUCCUGUUCCUUUGAUUCUGAGGAAGAAGAAUCUGGAUAAACGGUAUUAUGUUACCCGUUUCUUGUUCUUUGAUGGUCUUGAAGUCGAGAGGAGAGGACACAUUUUGUGGUGACACCAGCCAUACACUACAAUGCUUUGUUUUCAUAGACUUGCUCAAGGAACUGACUCCACUGGUUUGGCUGCUGUGAAUUGGUGAUGGGAAAAAAGCAGCAAUUGUGCCACCUAGUGGGGAGAGCAUGUAUGCUGUUGGCUGAAAUUGGAAAAGGUGUUUCCAUCUGCUUCACCUUUCUGCUGACAGUCAUCUCUAACUUAUAAUGCACUGCAAUAGCUGCCUCAGUUUAUACAGCCAUAUGAAUGACUAUCCGUGGAUAUCAACAAUAAUGUCAAAUGUCUUGAUUACUUGCUUAUUGCAGUAAAUAAAGUCAUUUUAAAUACCUUAUUUAUUCAUUUCUAUGAGAAACUCUUAUCAUACCCUGUCAUGCUAAACAUACACCAGACAUUAAAACAUAUUAACAAACACAUACUCCAGAGACUAAAACAGACAGUCUGAGAGUCAGAGUCUUUAUGUGUCUUUUACUGAGGAGUGGCUUCAGUCGCCCACUCUACCAUAAAGGCCUGAUUGGUUGAGUGCUGCAGAGCUGGCUCACCUCCUGAAAGGUUGACCCAUCGCCACAGAGGAACUCUGGAGCUCUGUCAGUGACCAUUGGGUUCUCCCUGACCAAGGCUCUUUUCCCCCAAUUGCUCAAUGUGGCCGGGCUGUGUUCUUGGGGACCUUUAAUGCUGCAGACAUUUUCUGGUACGCUUCCCCAGAUCUGUGCCUUGACACAAUACUGUCUCAGCACCACCAUAGGGAAUUCCUUCAACCUCAUGGCUUGGUUUUUGUUCUGACAUGCACUGUCAAUUGUGGGACCAUAUACAGACAGGCGUGUGCCUUUCAAAAUCAUGUCCAAUCAAUUUAAUUUACCACAAUGGACUCCAAUCAAGUGGUAGAAACAUCUCACGGAUGAUCAAUGGAAACAGGAUGCAACUGAGCUCAAUUUAAGGGUCUAAAUACUUACGCAAACAAGUUCUGUUUUUAAUUUAAUACAUUUGUCCAAAAUCCUAAAAACCUGUACUUGCCUUGUCAUUAGGGGGAAUUGUGUGUAGAUUGCUGAGGAUUUGUUUUAUUUAAUCCAUUUUAGAAUAAGGCUGUAAAGUAACAAAAUGUGGAAAAAGUCAAGGGGUCUGAAUACUUUCCGAAGGCACCAUAGAGACUUACAAUGGGGAACU